AUGACCACGAAUGAGGGCACUAUUCCGGUGGUCGAUCUGGAGAGCUGGCUGCAAGGGUCCCUGGAAGAUAGGCGGCGUCUCGCCACCGACCUGACUGGAGCUUGUCGUCGCGUCGGCUUCGUCUACGUCGUCAACCACGGGGUGCCGGACGAUCUGCUCGAAGAGGCUUUUGGCUGGUCCAAGAAGCUCUUUGAUCUGCCUCACGAGAUGAAAAUGCUGGCGCCGCACCCUUCAGGUCCAAAUGUUCACAGAGGAUAUUCGUGGCCCGGUCUGGAGAAGGUGUCGCAGAACGUAUACGGAGAGGGCGAAGAGGAGAAGGAGGCUGAAAACCGUAAAGUAUCGGACUUCAAGGAGAGCUACGAGAUAGGCAGCGAGAAGCUCGAUCUCCAGCCCAACGUCUGGCUGCCCGAAGAAGUACUGCCCGGCUUCCGCGCCUUCAUGACGCAGUUCUACUCGAGAUGUUUCGACUCGGCUAAGGAGCUGCUGCGCGCGCUGGCGAUCGGCGUGGGUCUUGAAGACGAAGACUUCUUCCUGCGCUUCCACAGCGGCGUGAACAAUCAGCUGAGACUGCUCCACUACCCACCGGUGGAUGCAGAAAAGCUGUCGAGUAAUAUGCUUGCUCGAAUGCCGGCACACACUGACUGGGGAACCAUCACGAUGCUAUUCCAAGACUCGUGCGGCGGCCUCCAGGUGGAGGACCCGGUUGUGCCGGGACAGUUCGUUGACGCUACGCCGAUGAAGAAUGCGUUGAUUAUGAACGUUGGUGACCUACUGAUGAGAUGGAGCAAUGACUACCUGAAAUCCACCCUCCACCGCGUGAUCCUCCCGCCCAUCCAGACGAAGACUCGGAUUUCAGAAAAAGGGGAGGGCAAGGUUAUGACGCAAGCGCGUUACUCGAUCCCGUACUUCGUGUCGCCCGACCCUGAGGCCGUCAUCGAGUGCCUGACGGCGAACGUGGGCGGCGAAGAUAUCCCGGCCAAGUACGAGCCGAUGGUACAGGAAGAUUACCGGCGCAUGAGGGCGAGGGGGCAGUAUGUGGAAGCACCAUCUGCGAUGACUUAG